CCCCGCCCACUUCCUCCCGUCUCCCUGACAUCACUUCCGCCCCUGAUCCCACUCCACUCCAGCAGCUCCCCGCUGUUAACCGCCAUUCACGCUACUGCCGGGAGAAGCUGCCCCGUUCGGAUCGUUGGCGGUGUCAGAAAUCCCAGGAGAGAACUGGGUCCAAAAGUGAGGCGGAGGUGUACCAGACUCGAUGAAUUUCCUUCGACAUGUCGGAGAAGCCAGGCCAGAGCACAAAAUCAAAGGAUGGGAAAAAGUAUGCAACUCUCAGCCUGUUUAAUACUUAUAAGGGAAAGUCACUAGAAACACAGAAAACUGCUGUUGCUGCACGCCAUGGACUCCAAAGUUUGGGAAAAGUGGCGGUUUCUCGGCGCAUGCCUCCACCUGCAAAUUUGCCUAGUCUUAAAGCGGAAAAUAAAGGAAACGAUCCCAAUGUGAACAUUGUGCCCAAAGAUGGAACGGGCUGGGCAUCAAAACAAGAGCAAGCUGAAGAGGAAAAAACACCAGAAGUGCCCCCACCCCCACCACCUCCAAAGCCAGUAGUUCCACCUACGCCGGAGGUUCCUGCUGUACCUGCUGUUGCCAAAUCAUGGGCCACUUCCAAGCCUGGUGGGCCUAUUGAGGGUGUUAAGGUGAACCGCUAUUUUCAGCAAGAAUUCCCAAGUCUGCAGGCAGCUGGGGAGCCGGAAAAGGCAAAAGAGAAAGAUGCAGCUGAUGAUAAUUAUGGACCUGGACCGAGUUUGCGCCCACAAACUGAUGUGGCAAGUUGGCGGGAAGGUGGAGGAAGGAAUCUUGGUACGCCUGUUGCCCCUACUGACCAAGAUAAUGUUGCAUCAGUUGGAGAAGAUGGAUCCUCUACUCCUGCACUACCUAAUUCUAUCGACCAGAGCAAGGGGCCAGGCCCGCAACUCAAACUGAAUGGACAGCAACCUGGCCUACCUCCUCAGCACAGAGGCAUGAUGCCUUCAUUUGCUGGAAAUAUGUUUCCUUCGUAUCCACGCCUUCCAUUUCCUCCGAUGCAAGCACCCACACGCUAUCCUUCAGCACCAGAACCUUCUAAUAAUAGAAGACGACCGCCACAAUCCUGGGCUGCUGAGGGUGUUGAACGUCCUUCAAUCAUUAGUGCUACAGAGCUUAAAGAGUUGGAUAACCUAGACACUGAGGCAGAUGAAGGCUGGGCAGGAACUCAAAGUGAAGUCGAUUACUCAGAACAGCUAAACUUCAGUGAUGAUGACGAGCAGUCUGCAAACCAGAAAGAGAAAACAGAAAGCUGGGAUGACCGGAUUGCUAAAGUUGAGCAAGUUCAAGGAAAGCCCAGUGAAAGUUUGGAAGUUCACAAAGACGCUGAAGAAUGUCCAUCCACCACUCAAGCUCCUGCCCCAGGACCGAAAUCUCUUCUUGGCAAAGGCCCACCAGUUGACUCGCAGGAUCGGCGCCAGAUGCCUCCAUCACUUUUGGCUCUUGAUAAGAACAUCCCACCUUUAAUGCAAGCCAAAACUGCUCCCCAACAGCACCCAUCUCAAGUUCGCCCAGGUGCCCCCCCAUCAAGACCAGCAGCACCGCAGUCCCGUCCCAGUGAGGAUGAAAUGUGGAAACAAAGACGUCGACAACAGACAGAAGUUUCUGCCUCAGUAGAACGUGCCCGCAAAAGACGCGAGGAAGAAGAAAGGAGAAUGGAAGAGCAGAGGAAGGCGGCAUGCGCAGAAAAACUAAAGCGCCUAAAUGAGAAAUUUGCUCCUCCUGCUCCUCCUCCUCCUCCACCUGCUGCUGCUACGACUACUACUACAUCUUCAGCAGCUCCUGAACAACCCGCAGCUGAAAAUUCUCCAGAGGAGAAAAUUAUAGCCGAAGAAUCUUCUCAAGACUCUCUCCCUAAAGAGGAGCAAGCUAUUGAAAAUGACCAGUUUGUGAAAGAAACAGAACAGGAAAGACCAGAGACUCCUCCUCCGCCCCCUCCUCCUGUACAACAUGAAGAGCCAAAGGAAGAAGUCAUCGUCUCCCAUCCUGAUCUGGAACUUGAACAGGAGGGUGGAAGUGUUCCUGAUUUGGAAGAAAAAUCAUCUGAUUUAGUUGAGGAAGAACCACAGUUUACAAGAAAAGACAGUGUUUCAAGUGACCAAGAAAUCUCCCCUCCAGCAAUACCAGUGCAAUUGGCAACACCUCUCCCUGUCAUCCAACAACCUUCACUUCCAUCUCCGGUUAGUGCACUUCCACCUGCUCCCUCCCCAGUACCAGGGCCUGUGUUGGCACAUGACAAUGACUCCGAUGCAGGAGCCCAACCACGUCCUUCUGUUUCUUCUGGAUACUCCAAACAGUUUCAGAAAUCUUUGCCUCCAAGGUUUCAGCGACAACAGGAACAGAUGAAACAGCAGCAGUGGCAGCAACAGCAACAGGGUGUACUCUCCCAGCCUGCUCAGUCACAACCGUCUAGCAGUCCUGUUCCUCCACCACAGCACAGGCCUCUUUACCAGCCUAUAGGACCUCAUCCUCAGCAUUUAGCUUCAAUGGCUUUUGAUCCGCGCUGGCUGAUGAUGCAGCCAUACAUGGAUCCCAGAAUGAUGUCUGGAAGACCUACAAUGGAUAUGCCACCAAUGCACCCUGGGAUGAUGCCAACCAAGCCAAUGAUGAGACGGGAACAGAUGGAUGCUUCAGCAACUGCUUCUGAACCAUAUGACCACAUGCCUCGAUCUGUAAGAGAUCAUGGUGUCCCUCUAUCUGAACCUCGCAUGAUGUGGGGAGCAGAGUCUUACCCACACCCAGACACCCCACAGGUUUCGUCAUCUGCAAAAGAACCUGAGGCACCUGAAGAUUACAGGUCUGAAACUUCUGUAGAUCAGGACAUAAUAUCUGAAACCUACUCAAUGGACCGUAUAACUUUUGAACCACAACACAAAGCAGACUUCUUCUCAAGAUCUCGAGAGCCUGAUAUUCACAGCGCACCUAUAAGGCAUCCAGAACCUGUUCAGUUACCGCAGGCAGAGGAACAGGACACAGGACUUUCCGGGUUUGAUCAAACAGAGAAGCAGGCCCCCUUAGAUGAUGCAUCCCAAAUUGACAUCCAACCUGUCUUGACCAGAAGUUUAUCUAGCGAGUCAGCACACGCUAUGAAACCGGAAGAAAGGAGAGCCGACACUGUGCCAGCAACUUCUAACGUUUCGGCUAGACCACCAGAACCUACAAAAGAAGUAGUGGAAGAAAAAACAAGGAGAGAGAGUUUUCAGAGUUCUAAAGCACCUGAAUUUCCAAAAACGGAAAAACCUUUCAAACCCAAAUCUGAAACAAGGUGGGGCCCAAGACCUGGUUCUCGCAGUAGAGACGAAGGUAUGGAUAGACCCAUAAGGAGAUCAGGACCCAUCAAAAAACCUAUUCUUCGGGACAUGAAAGAGGAGCGUGAAUUGAGAAAAGAAAGGGAGGAGGAAAAAUUUGGCCAUGGGCAUGAAAAGUAUGGGCAUGAUAAGUUUGGGCAUGGGCACGAAAAAUUUGGGCAUGGGCACGAAAAAUUUGGGCCGCACGAAAGAUUUGGGCAUGGACACGAAAAAUAUGGGCCGCACGAAAAAUAUGGGCCGCACGAAAAAUAUGGGCCGCACGAAAAAUAUGGGCCGCACGAAAAAUUUGGGUCCGAAAAAAUGGCGAAACAAGAAAGAGUUGAAAGAAAACCUUCACCAGCUAAACCACCAUCUAGCCCAAUUCACUCAGUCAGUAAAACUGAACAAGAGAAGCAAUUGCCUGAAGCUGCAACUGUUGCUAAAGUACAAAGUGCUAACACCUUACCUACCUUACACUCAGAAAAGCCAUUAGAAAGCACAUCUGAAAUGACACCUAAACCAGAUUCUCAGCCAGCACCACCUAGUCAGCCAAGUAAGGAAGAAAAAAUUGUACGGGUGGUUAGCAAGGAAAACAAGGAUCCUCCCUUGGAUAAGCCCAAACAAGAUUCAAAGCCUCCAUUGCUUUCGCAGCCCAGUUAUCCAUCAGUACCUCAUCGAAGAGAGCCUCUGCUCCCACCAAGAGCUUAUCGGAAAGAGGCUAGGGACAGAGACUGGUUUCCUGAGCAAGGAUAUAGGGGAAGAGGGCGAGGAGAGUACUACUCCAGAGGAAGAAGUUACAGGGGUUCCUAUGGAGGGAGAGGGAGAGGAGGUAGGGGUCAAAGUAGAGACUACCCACAUUACAGAGACAUUAGACCCCGCAAUGAUCAAGGUCCUCCUGGAGCUGUAAGGCGCAGAGAUGAAAGUGAAACUCGCAGUGAAAGCUCAGACUUUGAAGCUAUGCCCAAGAGGCUCAGACAACGUGGGUCUGAAACGGACUCUGACAGUGAAGGCCGUGAAAGUGCAAGUGACACACCUUUAUCUGAUAAGGAAAGUGCAAGUAGAAGUAAACCUCGCAUAGGUGACCGAUCUGAAAUCAAAAGGGCCCCUAAAUCUGUUUCAGCUUCAAAACCUGAGCCUGGAGUUCCAAGGCCAGAGGGUAGAACAUCUGAAAGACACUUCCCUAGAGAAGAUGACUCUAGAACAAAACCUGGUUUCUUGCCAAAAGGAGAACCUUCCCGUAGAGGCAGAGGAGCUGGAAGUUUUCGGCGUGGGGGAAGAGAGCCUGGCAUCCGUAUGUCACGCCCACCACCACCACGAAGAUCUAAUUAUAGGGAUAACCAAUGGAUGCCAAGACAGCAUGAAUCAAGAGCACCACCUCCUCCAAGACUGGGUGAAGGGGAAAACAAACAGGAGCAUCCAACUUUACUGGAUGGAGACAAAAGGCCGCUUAUUAAAUUUGAGCAUAAAUUUGAUCCUUCAAGGGACAGACCACGACGGCAGAGACCAACACGUCCCCCAAGGCAAGAUAAGCCUCCAAGAUUUCGACGAUUAAAAGAAAGGGAAAGAGAAGAUGCUGGGAAACCUGUUGAGGUUACUGGAUCUUCUAAUCAAGGAGUGCCCGUCUCUAGUACUGUUCAUGAACUUCCCUCUGAUUUCUCUGGUAACAAAACACCAGACUUGUCUAAUCAUAAUUCAUCUGACCAGGCCAACGAGGAGUGGGAAACUGCUUCAGAAAGUAGUGACUUCAAUGAAAGACGAGAAAGAGAUGAGCGGAAAGCUGCCUCAUCCACCAGUGUUCAGGCCCCUGUAUCUAGCAAAUCUGCUGAUGGUUUGGCUCAGUCUCCACCUAAAAGAGAGAUUGCCAAAAGAAGUUUUUCCAGUCAGAGACCUGGCAUGGAUCGUCAGAAUCGUAGAGGAAAUACUGGCGCUCCCAAACCCAGCAGGCACUAUUCUGGACCCAGGAGUGACAGGCGGAGUGGUAAUUCACUGCAGAGGGGAAAAAGAGGUCUUAUAGAUGACAUACCUGGCAUGAAUGCAACAGAUUCAUCCGGAGGCAGCGGCUCUGUCCACAAUCACCACUAUCACGGUUAUCACCAACAUUCAGAUGAUGGAGGUGUCACUACAUCAAAGUCCAUGAAAGAUUCUUCUGGCAAAAAGAAAGAUGAUGCCAAGCUGGUCGUGAAAAAGCCUAAGGAGAAGGUGGAUGCUUUAUCGCAGUUUGACCUGAACAAUUAUGCAAGUGUAGUAAUAAUAGAUGAUCAUCCCGAAGUAACGACACUUGAGGAUUCUCAAUCUAACCUCAAUGAUGGUUUCACUGAAGUAGUAUCUAAAAAGCAGCAAAAGCGGUUACAAGAUGAAGAGCGUAGAAAGAAAGAAGAGCAAACUGUGCAGGUGUGGAACAAAAAAGGUUCUGGUGAAAAAGGAAGGGGUCAGAAUUCCAAACUUCCACCUCGAUUUGUGAAGAAACAGCAGCAGCAACAACAAGCAGCUGCUUUACAAGCUCAGUCUUCUGGCUUGUCAGCACAAGGAUUACCGCAGGCGGUACCUGUAUCAUUGCCGUCGGGUCAGCCUCCAUUACCUGUCCAGUCCCAGCCAACCACAAAUGGCUCAGAUUUUCCUGGAUCGGUGAAAGCUCCACCUCCUUCGCAACCAUCGGCACUAGGAACAGAGCUGUGGGAAAACAAGAUGGCUGCUCCAAUUGUUUUAAAUGACAUAUCUAAGAAAUUGGGCCCCAUUAACCCUCAGUCACAAUCAUCAAGUGCCUGGAAUAAACCCCUCACAGGAUUUGUACCAAAUGCCAACACUGAGCCUACAAAAACAAGUCAAGAUGCUGUUGAUUUGACAAUGGAUUCUAUUCAAUUUGGUGCCCCGGCAUCAAGUAGCAGUGAUGAGGGUACACCAUCCCUCUCUGAGAAAGCAUCAGAAAACCUUCCUGAACCUAAAGAGCAGAGACAAAAGCAGCCUAGAGCAGGACCAAUUAAGACCCAGAAGAUCCAGGAUAUCAAUGUUAUUCAGAGUAAAGAAUACAAGCCAGGGCCAAUUGGUAAGGAAAGAUCACUUAAAAAUCGUAAAGUUAAAGAGGUGCAGCAGUCUGAGCCAGAGUCCCAAGAAAAACAGAUGCCAGCCACAGUUCGAACGCCAGAACCUGUUCCAAUAAAGGAGAGUAAGGUCAUACCAGAAGUAACCCCUGAAAUCACCAGCAUACUUUCUGUGUCUGCCCCAGAAUUCGGAACCAGCACCAAGGAGAGUGUAACAGAUUAUACCAGCCCAUCCAGUGCCCUUCCGAAUACAGCACCUUCAGGAAGUUCUAAAAUGGAAUCUUCUUUGGUGCCUAAUGUACCUCUUCCUCAUACUCUUCCUCUGUCUCGGAGGGAGACUCUUCAGCAGACCCCGAGCCUAACGCCUGUAUCUCCUGCUACUGUUGACCUCACACUAAAGAUGGAGUCGGCUCGCAAAGCAUGGGAGAACUCCCCAAGUCUUGCAGAGAAAGGAUCCCCCAUUACGUCUGUUGCGCCUCCCACUAGUACAUCUGCAAUGGGAGCCCCCACUAAUGUCAACAAUGGAGUUAAGGGGGUGUCUACAAAUGGUGGCAGUUCUGUUCCUCCUCCUUCAAGCAACGUACCCUACAAUUCCUUUUCCAGUUCCUCUAUGCCUCCUCCCAUCCCAGUAGCUUCAGUAACACCAACAACUUCUUUGUCAGGAGCUGGAACAUAUACCACCUCCUCACUUAGCACAAAAACAACCACAACUUCUGACCCUCCAAAUAUCUGCAAGGUGAAGCCACAGCAACUUCAUAGCAACAGCAUGCCCUCUGCUAGUCACUUUUCUCAGCUCAACUGUAUGCCGUCUAUCAUGGCUCAGCAGCAGAGUCAGCAGGUGUAUGUCUCUCAGGCUGCAGCUGCAGGUCCAGCAGCACAAAUUCCAGCAUUCUAUAUGGACACAAGUCAUCUAUUUAAUACACAGCAUGCACGCAUGGCUCCAACUUUAACACAGCAGCAGCAAUACCAGCAACAGAUGCCUAUUCCUAUAUUUGCUCCUUUGCAAGGACAGCAUCAGGCGCAGCUUGGUCUAGGACAUGCUUCUGCGGUUUCUCAAGCUCAAGAAUUGUUUACUACUUCUCUGCAACCUUACAGGUCUCAGCAAGCAUUUCUACAAAGCAACUUGUCUCAGCCUUCUCAAGUUGUCUUGUCUGGUGCUACUUUGCAUAAUUUUCCAGGAGUACAACACCAGGAUCUGGCUAAAGCGCAAAGUAGUCUAGCCUACCAACAGACUACCAAUACACAACCUAUUUCUAUUUUAUAUGAUCAUCAGCUUGGCCAGUCUGGUUUGGGCGGAUCUCAACUGAUUGAUACACACAUUUUGCAGACUCGUCAAGGAUUAGGUCAGCCUUCAAAUCUUUAUUCUGGGCAACAGAACCAGACAAGCUUCUACAAUACUGCCCAGUCUCCUACUGCACUUCAGCAGAUGACGUUACCAAUGCAAGGAUCACAGCUGUCCUUGCCCAACUUUGGCUCAACUGGGGGGCAGCCCCUAAUUGCUUUAUCUCAAACCCUGCAGCAUGCACCUCAAGCGCAACACCAGAAUCUCUCUAGGGCAGGCCAAGUGAGCCAGGCUUACCGAGGCCUAAUCCCUUCUGGCAAUCAGCAUGGCAUGAUGGCUCCCCCUGGCAAGCUAUCCGAUAUGGACCUAAAGCCUUAUGGUGCUUUGGACCAUGUGAAACCUGGUACACCUCCUAUAGGAAGGAGCACCACACCAACUUCCAGCCCAUUCCGGGCCAAUUCUACCAGUCCUAACAGUCAGUCAAGUAAAAUGAAUAGCUUGAUUUACCAGAAACAUCAGUAUACAUCAAACGCCAAUGUAAGGAUGGGCCAGCCUCCCUACCCAACACAGUUCCCACCUCAGAUGCUUUCCCAGCCUAACCUGGUGCCUCCAAUGGUCAGAGGACCCCAUCCAAACUCUUUCCAACCACCAGUUCAACGUCCACCAAUGACACUUACCAAUCAGAUGCCUCCACAGAUGCCCCCACAGAUGCCCACAGGCCUGAUGAACCAUCCACGUUUGCACCAUGUGUCCCGUGCACCACCUGUUCCACCUUCUGGGGUGCGAAUUAAUGCUGCUAUAAGGGCAGAACAGGAUCUGAAGGCAAAACAGAGAGCGGAGGUAUUGCAGUCUACACAUAGAUUCUUCGAGCAACAACAGCAUCAGCAGAGCAAACCAGUGAUCCCCAAACCUCAGAAAGUCACCCCAGGUGCCACCAAGCCUUCAGACUCUAUACCGGAACCCUCCUUAGUCUCCCAAGAAAAGGUAGAAGAGAAUCAAGCUGCUGCCGCUGCUGCCUUGCCUCCAGCUGCAGUGCCGACCUCUACCAAACCCAUCAGAACUGGACCAAUAAAACCUCAAGCCAUCAAAACGGAAGACACAAAGUCCUAGAGAUAGCUGGAAAAUUCAUGUUCUGAGCACUAAACUGAGGUGUAUCGAUUAUGAGUUUUUUAUGUUUACCUAAGAUAACAGCAGCUCAUCUAAAAGUAGGAAGUGGAGAUAGCAGAGCAUAGUUCGCUAUUGUGUGAACAGGGCAGAGGAGUCUUCAGUGGCUAUACUCUCAGCAUUUCAAGGUGUGAAAGGUAGAAGAUACUAUGUCCAGAAGGUUUUUUUUCUAGUUUCUACUCAGUGUGUCGUGGUUGUUUUAGAGAGUGCAGCCUGUAUGCUGGAAAUCACAAAUGUCUAUGUAAGGGAUUGUGUACCAUCCAGAGAGGCUGACGCUGAAUGGUUCGUAAGAAACACUACCCUACAAUUCUACUCUUAAUAACUGUGCCGAACCAGAGUGAGUUCCACAUGCAACAUAGGAUUUGUAUACCCAAACACGCUUUAUGGUCUUGUUUAGGGUUACACUGUUGUAUUUGUGUCACCUACUGGGUUUUCCCCAUGCAUAUAAACAUCAGACGCUAGUUUUCCCACCCAUUAUUCUCCCAAUGUAUCAUCUAGAUGUUACUGAUAAGAAUCCUUAGACUGGGCUCAAGCAGUCGGUAUUAGAGGUUGCAAGAGAUAAUCUGAGCACAUGCCAAGGCUGGCCAUACAUUAUGCAGGUUGAGGGAAAGAAAAUCACUCGAUUACCCAUCAAUAUAGUCAGUUGACUAUUGUAUUCUGACAGCAGGACCUUUCUUCACCUUUAGAAUACAAUGAUCACUGCUGGGGGCUAUAGCCAAAAAAAACGACCGGCUGGUUGUAGAUCAACUUCAAUACAACCAACCUGCCCGUAGGUGGAUCGAAAUUCGGCCGCUUUCUGCUGAACUGGCCGAGUUCCCAUCGUCUAUGGCCAGCUUAAAUUUGGUCUGAAACAAGGCAUUCUGGGUUUAAACAAGAAAACAAAGCAGUCAUAUGUUUAUUUCAUAGUAAGUGACUUAGCUGCUGAUUUGUUUCCCAAAAACAGUGCUUUGCUAAAGCAAUUUAAACGAUUGCCAUUGUUGCUGCUGUUUUUAAAUGUUUCAACAAUAUCGCUCUAUACUGUACCCUUCAAAUCUGACCUCUUUGCGACCAUAUUUUUUUUUUCUUCUGAACAUAGAAUCAAGUUAUACAUCAACUUUUUUUAUAUAAAUAUAUAUAAAUAUAAAGGAAGUGGAAUAAAGCUCUGCUGAUCUUAACACAACACUGAACCUGUACAUUAUAAGAUAUCUUGUAAAUGCAGCUAUGUUGUGGUAGAAGUGUUCUUAUUAAACUUAAACACUCAUUUUGUCCAAUAAAGGGUGAUUUUUUUAUUUCUCCCCCCCCCCCCCCCCCCAAAAGAAUUCCAUCAUCUGAUGCUUGCGAGCUGUGUGAAGUUAUUCAAAUGAAAUAAUAAUUGAAAAAUGAUCUAUAAAAAAAAAAAAAAAAAAA